AUGAAUGAGAACGGUGCAUUAACAAAACGAAUCGUUAAGGAAAGUGCUCGUUUACAACAAGAACCAGUACCAGGCAUAGAUGCCAUAGUUGAUGAACAUAAUCCUCGCUAUUUUAAAGUAAUCAUUGAUGGACCCAGUGAAAGCCCAUACGAAGGUGGUAAAUUCAAAGUAGAAUUAUUUUUACCUGAUGAAUAUCCAAUGGCACCACCAAAAGUUCGUUUUAUGACCAAACUUUAUCAUCCAAAUAUUGACAAAUUAGGUCGAAUUUGUCUUGAUAUUCUUAAAGAAAAAUGGAGUCCUGCUUUACAAAUUCGUACUGUUCUUUUGUCAAUUCAAGCAUUAUUAAGUGCCCCGAAUCCAGAUGACUUUUUAGAUGCUGACGUGGCUGAAAAAUGGAAAGCUGAUGAAAAAGGAGCAAAAGCUAUGGCUCGUGAUUGGACUCAAAGAUACGCACAUGAAACUUAA